UGCCUUUCUGUGGCUUUUGAUGCGGAACGCUGGUCGCAACCCAAUCCAGCUGCGCAGGUGAUGACUAUGGUUACUAGGACGCGAUCGAGUGAGGAAGACAGACGUCUACAGGGAUCCAAUCUCUGGCUGACUCCAGCGAAGCUGACAAGGAAUUGUUCGUCCCCUUCUGGCGGGGGCCACCACGAUCUGUAAUGGCGGGUCUGUGGAGACUAGCAAAAAGCACUUCUUUGGGCCAUAACGGUGCUCGUCGUGUCAUUGCUUGUGUUUCUGAGUUAAGGCUUGAGAUGGCGAAGCGAACUAAAUCGUUCAACUGCGAUGUGCAGUUCUUUCUGUUUCUUUGCACAAUUGUAGGAUUCUUGGUGAUCUGUGACGGACUUGUGCUAUUUGAUGUGCAAUCCGAUCGGCAAUCCGGUCCACGUUCAGAUUCACAAUUCCAUCCCCUGUCUUAUCCACAAUCCGAUCCACAAUCCGGACCCGAAUCCGACCCGCGAUUAGAUCCACAAUCCGAACCUGAGUCCGAUCCACAAUCCGGUCCACCUGCGUAUCCACAAUCGGGUUCAACCCCCCCCGGCCAAACCUACUCCUUAACCGUGGGAUUGAGGGGAGAUGUCAGUAAUGUCGUCGUUGACCGAAGAUCGAAGGGUCUCGAGACGAGAGAGGGAUGUCAACUCCGCAGUAGCAGUAGGAGUCGUAGGAGUAAUUGUUGUCAGAGUGGAUGUGUAGGGAGAAAAAGUGGUGUAGGUGGUGAUAAGGGUGGUAGUCCAUGCCGGGAGCUCGUUAAGCCGUCAUCGUUAUCAUCGUCUGACGCAUCAGGCACGCGAAUGGUCGGUUUUUUGGAUCAAGCAAAUGCUGUCAUUGAGCUGAGAGGGGAAUCUAACCGCUUGGCAGAGCGGUCUGGCGUUGGUGUUCGUCGGUAUGCAUUGUCAAGAGAAUCUGGAUCCCGAAUUCGGAGACUUCAGAGCUUUGACAAGGACGCACUACUUAGACACACAUCCAGUGGAUGGGGCUCAUCAGAGACGGAUGCCACGCAGUUCUCUGAUGAUGAGCGAGUGAUCAGCAAGGACACGUUAGAUGCUGGAGAAGCGGAGUCAGAGUCGAUCUCGCAGUUCCCCACAUCGUGGAUUUCCCGACUAUCUCCCCGAGCAAGACCUGGUUUGUUCUCUCAAGUAAAUGCAGAAGGAGAGGGAGCAGGAGAAGUAGGAGAGAGAAUACGUUCGUCGUUUACUGAAGGAGACGAAGGUCGGUAUCUGGGAGAAGAUUUGAGGCAAGAGUCGGUGCCACCUCAGCAGUACAAGAAAUGUAUCGGGGAACAAAGAUUCGCUGUGAGCAUUACUAGCAAUUGGAACUCGUGGAACUUUCCCCAAGAUUUCCCGCCGGAUGAUGUUGCUCGCUUCUCGCCUCUUGUCGGGAUAUCGCACGGAGAAGAGUUCACACUAUGGGAGGAUGGCCAGAUGGUGUCCCCCAUCAUGCAGGAGAUAGCACAGCGCGGGGAGUACAUCUUACUCGUUCAAAUGCUAGUGGAAGCAGCUGAACGAAAGCGACAGGUGGUGACUGAGAACAUACUGGCCAUUGGGAGGCAAAGGCGAGGUGAUGAUGGGAUUGGUGAAAGAGAAAGGAGGAGAAGUGUUUUUCGGAGUGAAUUACCAUUUACAGAUGAACUGCUGCCGUCGCUAGUGGAUCUGCCGUCCAUACCUGCAGGUGUGGGCCGAACCUCGGAUACAUGGAGAGCUGGUAAAGCAACGAAGCUCAUUCGUGUGAAUGACGGCAAAACUCUGUUGUCGCUUGUGAGUCAACUUCAACCAAGUCCGGGGUGAGAUGUCCGCUUCACAAGUGAGCUGUGGAAGAAGACUGCUGAUCAGAUGGGCAGUCAACUUCAGAUGACUUCAGGGAAUGAUCCCGAAGCCAACGGACAGGACGAGCAGAUGAACAGAGUUGUACAACAUCUGCUGAGGCAUUACAUCAAGCCCAGCCAGAAUGGCUGGGAUGAGAAGUUGCCUCUCAUCGCCAGCCUAUACAACAACGCUGUACACAGCAGUACCGGCGUUAGUCCCAACCAGGCGCACUUGGGAUGGAAGCCUAGAUCAGCUCUGGACUUCCUCCUACCUGAAAAUGGAUCCUCUGCAACUCCCGGCACACUUGAAUAUGGUGUGCAGUAUGAGAAGUUGCUGCAGCAAGCUGUCGAGCACAUCAAGAAAGCUCAGCAAGCAAUGAUUGCUUCUGAGAACAAACAUCGUCAGCAGUCCUCAUUUCAGUGUGGCCUAGAGGUUGGGUUAGAACUGGUGCGUGGUUGGGACUGUGAGGCAGUGGAUGAGAGAGACGCGGCAAUUGCUGAGAUCCAGGCAGUUCAGGAUCCUUUGCAGCGUCAAGCAUUGGAGGAAAAGAGGAAGGGAGCGAGUUUAACGAGCACCUCCCCUUACACAACAAAGCAGGAUGCGAAAGCCGCGGGCAUCCUGAAGGAGAGAAGGGAGAAGGAGGCCAAGAAGAAGUCCUUGCCUGAGGAAUCGGCGGCGAAAAAGGAGACGGUUGAGGAAGAGAUGGCAAAGGAACUGGAGAGGUUGAAAAAGGAGGAGAUGAAGAGAGGAAGACCCACUCAAGCGGCAGGCCAUAGAGGAUGGAAAGAGGAUGGAGUAGAAGGUGCGACAGAUGACGGAAAGGAAAAAGAGAGUGGACGCAGUGAGCCAGGCGGCAAGGGAAUUGGAAGAUGUAAAGAAACAGGGAGAGCAAAUGGCGGCACAGGCGGACCUGUUGGGGAAGAUGCAGAUCAUGGCGAGGAAUAUAGAGCGCCUGACCCAGAUAAUCGCACGAUGCGAGUAGAGGAUUACGUAGAGGGAGUCCAGGCGUACUUCCGCCUAGAGAAAGAUGGGAAGGUGGAGAGAGUUCUUCAUUCCCUGACUCUCCUCGUAGAGGACAACCUUCGAUUUGACAUAGUCCUAGGAAUGGACUGGGGAGAGGCAGCAGGGGCCACACUCCUUCUGACAGAGCAUGAGUGUAGGUUACGUAGUCCAUCAGGCGAGGUGAAGACUGCUCGUCUGUUUCAUGUGUCAGGAGUAGACAACUCCUUAGCACAUUGUUGUCUUAGCGCUCCUGCAUUUGCGAGGUUAGUGAAAAAGGAGCAGCUAGAAGAACAGGUUUUUGUAGCCUACGUUAGACCUGUUACUGAGCCUAAAGAGGAAAAGCCCAUAGAUCCCGCUAUUGCCAAGCUGCUGGAAGAGUUCACAGAUCUAGCUAAGCCUCCAACAGGGGUAGUUCCGCAACCCAUCGAGCAUCGCAUUGAGAUAGAGCCUGGCAGUAGGACUCCUAAGGGAGUAGUGUAUAGGAUGUCCCCGCGGGAGUUGGAGGAGCUGCGCAAGCAGUUAGAUGAACUAUUAGAGAAAGGUUGGAUUAGGCCCAGAUCGUCUCCAUUUGGAGCACCUGUUCUAUUUGUCCCCAAGGAGGGAAAGCUUAGAAUGUGCAUUGACUAUAGAGUUCCUAAUGCUAUUACAGUGAAGAAUGCAGAGCCACUGCCCCAUAUAGAUGAUCUGUUAGAUCGGGUGCAGGGUUGCAAGUACUUCUCGAAGAUAGAUUUGAAGUCCGGAUAUCAUCAGAUAGAGGUUCAGCCUGAUGAUCAGUAUAAGACUGCAUUCCAGACUAGGUAUGGCCACUAUGAGUUCAUAGUUAUGCCCUUUGGACUAACCAACGCGCCAGCAACUUUUCAGUGUUGUAUGAAUGACUUAUUUAGGUCGUGGUUAGAUAGGUUUGUAGUAGUCUACUUAGACGAUAUUCUAGUGUUCAGUAGGACCCUCCAGGAGCAUGAGGGUCAUCUGAGGCAGGUCUUGGAGAAGCUGAGAGAGGCUAACUUCAAGAUCAACGCAAAGAAGUGCGAAUGGGAAAAGACCCAAGUUUUGUAUCUAGGCCAUGUCUUAGACGGAGACGACAUUAAGCCAGAAGACAGCAAGAUCGCAGUGAUUAGAGAUUGGCCUACACCCCACACGUUGACAGAGUUGCGGUCGUUCUUAGGCCUAGCUAACUAUUACGAGAAGUUUGUGAGAAACUUCUCCACCAUCGCUGCACCCCUUCGCAGGUUGCUGAAGAAAGAAACAACCUGGAAGUGGGUCAAGGACUGCAUGUCUAACAUGAAGAAAUUGAAGCAGACAUUGAUAGAGUACCUAGUCCUUAAGGUCGCUGAUCCGUCCUUACCUUUCAUCGUCACUACUGACGCGAGCCAGUAUGGUAUAGGUGCAGUAUUACAGCAAGACGAUGGCAGUGGAUAUAGACCCGUAGAGUUCAUGUCUGCUAGGAUGCCUUCGGAGAAGAUAACGACAUCCACCUACGAAAGCGAACUCUACGCUCUCAGGCAAGCGUUAGAACACUGGAAGCACUACUUGCUGGGGAGGCACUUUAAAGUCUAUUCAGACCAUGAGACGUUACGGUGGCUGAAGACUCAGACCAAGAUGACACCUAAGCUUUCUAGGUGGGCCGCAAAGUUAGACCAAUAUGAUUUUGAGCUCAAACCAGUAAAAGGAAAGUAUAAUGUAGUGGCGAACGCUCUGGGUAGGAGAGGUGACUACUUUGGAGCAAUAGUUCACUAUUUGGAUAUAGGGAGAGACCUGCAACAGAAAGUUAGAGAGGCGUAUGCGCAGGACCCUAUCUAUAGUGACCUCCUCAAGAGAGUAAAGGAGGCCCUUGAGUCCGAACCAGACUACCGAACUAUUGAUGGACUGCUAUUUGAGAAGACUAACUUAGUUGAUCGAUUGUGUGUUCCUAAUAGUGUGGAAGUCCGUAGUCUGAUCCUAGGGGAAUGCCACAAUAUUGAGGGACAUUUUGGUUGGCAAAAGACUCUAGCUAACCUCAUGCGCGCGUACAUAUGGCCUGGGAUGAAGGCCGACUGCAUAGAGUAUGUUCGCAAUUGUAAGGUAGAUGGCGGCACUCCAUCGAUUUGGAUCUUUAUCCACACGAUUGUGGAAUCUGCCACGGUCUCAAGUUUCUUGACAGGCAUCAACUACAGUGACCAGUUCCUGUUAACUACGUUUGUUAGAUGUCUUCCAGAGAACAUCAGGAACUUACUGGCCAAUGAGGCACGCAUCGAGUACCAUUCAUUUGAGACAUUAUCUAGGAAAGCCUUAGAUUUGGAGGCCACGCUAGGCAAUGCUCAGCCCUCCCAGAAUGACAUGAAGAAGAAGAAGAGUCCUCAAGAGUGGAAGAAGAAGGGGGCGAAGUUCAUGAUGGUUGAGUCAGAUGGGACUCAAAUGGAAAUCGAUGAGCUCACUGACCUGAUGGACUACUCAGAGUACGACGGCGAGGAGACCGCUGAGAGUAGCACCCUCGCCGCAGUUGUGAAGGCUAAGGCAGGUGGCCGAGGGAAGGGCCAACCAAGGAGUCAAGGGAAGGCCGCCUCCAAUCAGACCAAGCAGGCUGAUUGGGUGAAGGCAGGUCUUGAUCAAGACGUGUGGCGUGACCGCCGAGUGCUCGCAUCAACUGCGGGUCUUGAUCAAGGCGUGUGGCGUGAAGGCAGGCUGCACCUACAGCAUCGGGUACGACACCUUAGUAGACCUGUAGCAUCUACUUUGGCCAACAAGGAGCGCAUGAUAGUAACAGACUAUAUCAAGGACGUAGUCUGUACCUUCUCCUAUGGAGGAGGCGAACUUAAUCAUAAGAUUUCGUUCUUGGUUAGCGACGACUUACCAUUCGACAUGUUGUUAGGCAUGUACUACCUCGAAGUUGCUAAGCCCCAGUUCGAUUGGGAUAAGAAGGUGCUCAAGCAUAAGUUGCCCGAUGGCCGAACUGUCAGAUUGACUAAGUUCAAGGCCAGUAGUAUUAUAGAUGCCUAUGGUUGCUUGUGUGCAUCAGCGUUGUACAAUUACUAUAAACAAAACCAAGAGGAAGGUAUGUACCUUGUGUAUGUCUCUGAGAAAGGGGAGGCCGUUAAACCACCUCCAGAGAUAGAACACGUCGUUGCUAAGUUCCCUGAUAAGUUCGAAGAGCCCACAAGAGUUGUUGAAAGGGAAGUUGUCCACGCUAUAGAAAUCAUUCCAGGGAGUAAGACCCCAAAGGGAAGGAUCUAUAGGAUGGCUCCCGCCGAGUUAGAUGAACUUCGGCGACAGCUUAAGGAGCUGAUAGAAAAGGGAUGGAUUCGGUCUAGUACUUCCCCUUACGGAUCUCUCGUGCUAUUCGUACCAAAGAAGGGGGGUACAUUGAGGAUUUGCAUUGACUAUAGAGGCCUCAAUGCCAUCACUGUGAAGAACGCAGAGCCUCUACCUCGCAUAGACGACCUAUUGGAUAGGGUGCAGGGAUGCAAGUACUAUAGCAAGAUAGACUUGAAAUCCGGCUAUCAUCAGAUCGCUAUAAGGCUUGAGGACCAACACAAGACAACUUUUCAGACUCGUUAUGGUCUGUAUGAGUUUGUAGUGAUGCCUUUUGGUCUUUGCAAUGCGCCGGGAACAUUCCAGCACGCUAUGAAUCGGAUCUUCCAUGACCAUUUAGACAAGUUUGUCGUGGUCUAUCUAAACGACAUUCUGAUCUUUAGUAAGUCUGCCGAGGAGCAUGCACAACAUGUUGAGACGGUGCUUUCACUCCUUCGACAGCACAAGUAUAAGGUCAACUUAGAGAAGUGUGAGUUUGGUCGCACUAAGAUACUAUACUUGGGUCAUGAAGUAUCCGCGGAAGGGAUUAGGCCGGAAGAUGCGAAGGUGGCUAGUAUUCGAGACUGGCCACGAUCUCAGACUGCCACUGAGAUCAGAUCUUUCUUAGGAAUGUGCGGCUACUAUAGGAACUUUGUAAAGAACUAUUCUACAGUCGCCUCUCCUUUGACAGAUCUAACUCGACUUGACACGCCGUGGGAYUGGAGUGAUGAGUGCGAGGGUGCUUUCAAGCGAUUGAAGCAUGCACUCAUGAAUCAUGAAGUUCUCAUGGUUCCCGAUCCUCAUAAGCCAUUCAUAGUGACCACUGACGCAAGCCAAUACGACAUUGGCGCAGUGCUGGCUCAACAGGAUGGGAAAAAGUUGAGACCGAUUGAGUACAUGAGACAGAGUGUUUCCAUGGAUUUCAUGGACACCCUGGUGACUAGUAAGAGUGGCAAGAGGGACAUCUUCGUCAUCAUCGAUGGAUUCACCAAGUACGCUAGACUAGUGGCUAUGCCAGAGACCGCAAGAACUGACUAUGUCAUUAAGUUGUUCAAAGACAACUGGUAUGAGAAGUUGCUGCGAGAAGCUGUCGAGCACAUGAAGAAAGCUCAGCAAGCAAUGAUUGCUUCUGAGAAUCAACACCGUAGACAGUCCACAUUUCAGGUAGGGGAACGUGUCUGGGUCAAGGCUAGUGAGUUAGGACAGGAAUUCGAAAUCUCUCGCAAACUAAUGCCUCAGUACUUUGGUCCCUGGGAAGUCCUGGAUAUAGUGGGAGAUGAGAUGGAUGGGCCCACAUAUGUCAUUCGUGUCCCUGGGCACCUACGCACUCACCCUAUCUUUCAUGCCUCAAAGCUUGCACCUUUCGUUGAGACAGAUCAAUUCCCUUCCAGGAGAUCGAUGCUGCCUCCAGCCAUGGAUGGUCAAGUGGACAUCGACGACAUUGUGGAUCACAGGGAUAUGCCUGUUCCGAAGCCGUUGGGUCGAGGAAGACCUCCUAAACCCAAGAGAGAGUAUCGCGUCAGAUUCAGGCAUCAUACGGAUCCAAAAGAAGAUCGGUGGUUUACUAGAGAGGAACUGAUUGAGACAGCUCCUCAGGUGGUGCCAGAAUAUGAGAGACUGUUGAAAGGGAAGGCACCUGCGAAGGUAGAGGAGGAGGCCAGGGCCAAAGGGGCCAGGCCACGGGAGGUCGAGGCCCGGGCGCACAGGGGGUUGGCGGUCAAAGGAGCCGCCAAGGGGGAGGUAGGGGUCAAGGUCCCCUGCCAAAUCGCCAAGGUCCUAGUCGGUCCCCGCAGCGACGAGGUGGAGGGUCACCUCAAAGGAGAGGAGGUUGGCACCCAGGUCUUGGAGAAGUUGAGAGAAGCUAACUUCAAGAUCAAUGCAAAGAAGUGUGAGUGGGCCAAGACACAAGUCUUGUACUUGGGCCACGUGUUAGAUGGAGAUGGCAUUAAGCCAGAGGACAGCGAGAUAGCGACAAUUAGAGAUUGGUCGACGCCCCGCACUUCGACUGAGUUGCGGUCGUUCCUAGGCCUAACUAACUACUAUAGGAUGUUCGUGAGGAACUUCUCAACUAUCGCCGCUCCCCUUCGCAGGUUGCUCAAGAAAGAGGCAAUCUUGCAGUGGGAUAAAGAUUGUACGUUUACGCUAAAGAAGUUGAAGCGCGCGUUAAUAGAGUAUCCUGUCCUCAAAGUAGCAGAUCCGUCCUUGCCAUUUGUCGUCACCACCGACGCGAGUCAGUAUGGUAUAGGCGCCGUGUUACAGCAGGACGACGGCAAUGGCUACAGACCCGUAGAGUUCAUUUCAGCGAGGAUGCCUUCAGAGAAGGUCGCUUCCUCGACGUAUGAGAGGGAACCCUAUGCUCUCAGGCAAGUCUUAGAGCACUGGAAGCAUUACCUGCUUGGGAGGCACUUCAAGGUGUAUUCAGACCAUGAGACCCUUAGAUGGCUGAAGACACAAGCCAAGAUGACACCCAAGUUGACUAGGUGGGCCGCAGAGAUAGACCAAUACGACUUUGAGCUCAAGCCAGGAUACACGUGUCUCGGUGGCUGCGGUCUGCCACCCGCACACUCCAGCUUAUGGGCUCCCAUCUCCACGCGCCUGCGUGGCGGUGCUUUCGGCGCCUGGGAGGAUUUCUACACCCACUCCCUUCCUAAGGGUCGGACCCCGACCUUCAUGGAUUUUCAUGCGUUCCUCGAGGAUCGCUUCGGAGCCCGACAUGACGUGACUGGCGCCUUCAAGCGUGUCGUCAGGACACGAUGGUCCGGCUCUGGUGGCGUUGCCGGCCUGGACAGCUACAUCAAGGUCUUUCAGGACGCCCGCCUCAUUUGUGAUGUGGCGUUCCUCCCCGAGGCUGCCCUUAUCGAUCGUUUCUUGGCCAGCCUUCGCCUUGAGUACCGCUCCGAGUUAUGGCAGUAUGACUUCACAUCGGCCCCGCAGGCUUACGAGGCCGCCUCUCCCAGCCUCAGCGUAUUGGUCACGCUCCCUCCUUCUCUCAUGGCACUUCCCAACGUCAUUCCCCUUUCCGAGAUGGUCCCCGCCGGUCCGCGCAGCAGGGCUGUCACUUCUCGCACCCGCUUCAGCGAGCUCGAGUAUGCCACGGUGCAGUGUACACCUGCGCCCUCCUUAGUAGUCGGCUUCCCAACAUCUCCGUCAUGGUUGGCCCCUCUCGCUAGUGGAGUUGAGGUAUCGCAGGACCCGACAGAGUGUACUCAGCCCUCUGUCGCAGUACCACUUGCGCCUCUGCAGACCAUCGUCGCCCCUCCUGCCUCUCUGCGACUACCGACGCGUCGAGCCAUUCGCUCUGCCCGUUGUAGCGAGCAGCUUGCGACGCGCGAGGACGUUGUGUCUUCUCUUCUGGACUUGAGCAUGCUCUUGCCUCGUCAGGAGCGACUCACCCUCCAUGUCACUGCACUGCGUCACCUUCUCACCAUCCUCUCUGACCCUGAUCGCACCCUCCCGUUCAUUCCAGUACGACUUGGGACCUCCACGAGGGUGUACUUAGCGCUGUGGGAUUCCGGUUCUCAGGGCGACUUCAUUCACCCAGGUGUGGUGAAAGAAGCCCACUUACCCACGACAGGGUCUCCGACUCCCAUCUCCGUCACCCUAGGGGAUGACAAGACCCAAUGCUUCUUCGAUCAGACGGUCACCGACCUCCCUUUCUUCCUCACUGUGGAGCCAACUAAGCGUCCCCCGGCGUUUCAUCGUCACCACUCCUCUGCACAUUUCGAUGUGAUGGAGACGGGGUACGACUUCAUGCUCGGUACUCCGUGGUCACGUCGGUUUCGCAACAUCGAGGUCGAUUGGGCGACCAACACUCUCGUUCUCAAAACGAAGUGUGGACAGAUGUAUCGCGUACCUUUCAUAGGUACCACGGUGACACCACGCCCCGACCCUCCUCCCCCGAGGCCUUCCGUGCCCACACCAUCUCCUACUAUCACAGUCACCUCACCUCGGCAGAUCGCUCACUUCAUCCGACAGGACGACGUCACCUUCUUUACGGUGAACGUUACGAAUCUCUUGCACUAUGAUCCACCCUGUCCCGACGCCGAGCUUAUUUCUCUUGAGCCAGAACCUCCUAUCUCCAUAGCUCUCAUCUCUACUUCCCUCCCUGCACCAUUCGUGGAGUCUACCCCGCCAUACUGCGCUGACGCUGACGCUGAGGAACUCGCACGCUAUACGGUCGACCUGGAGCCCGCAGUCCGUGACCUCAUUCAAGGGUACCACGACGUUUUCCCAUCGUCGUUCUCAUCCGCCGGCAUCCCACAGAUGCGCGACGUCGAGCAUUCCAUCCAGCUUGUGCCUGAUUAUCGUGAUUGUCCGGUAGCCUUCUACUCCCGUCAGCUCCUGGCCGCCGAGAUAAACUACACCAUUGAUGAUUGUUGGGUUCUCGCAAUAGUUUAUGCCGCUCGACACUGGCCUCACUACCUGCACGGGGCACCAUUCACGGUGCGCACGGACAACUCUGUUGUUGAGGCUUUUCUGACAAAGUUGAAGCUCACUCCUCGACAGGCUCACUGGUGGCAGGACCUAUCCGAGUUUAGUUUCGCCACCGCGCACAUUAAGGGUGAGACCAAUCAGGUCGCAGAUGCCUUGUUCCGACGCCUUGACCAUAAUCUGGAGCAGAUCCAGCUCGCUGCCAUCUCCGUCACCAUCGUCCAGCACUCGGUGAUCGACGAGUUUUGUACUCAGUACCGCCACUGCCUCGACUAUCGCGACAUCCAUGCGACCCUUCGGAGUGGCAUGACCGUCCCGAACUGCUCUCUCGGGGACAACGGUCUUGUGUACUGGCACGGUUCACAGGUUGCCAUAGAGCCCCGUAUUUGCGUUCCCCCCACUAGACAGGACUGCUUUUUGAGCAAACACCUCGGCAUAAUCGUCAGACUGAUUGGGACCAGGUGUAAUGCAAGUGGCUCACAGUCUCCAAUUACCCUGAUAACAAGCCAAUCACAGGGCUUAGGUGGAUCAUUCUAUGACCCCACCGGUGAGGUGCUGAAACCAAUUGGGAAGGUCAGUAUCAAGCAAAUGCCGCGUGGAAUGGAGUGCUACGGCACAGAGAAGUAUGUGGUGAGAUGGCAAAGCCUGUGGAGUGCAGCUACACAUCCAAGCUUUUUCCCAGUCGGCGCUCGGUUCUCCCACUUGGUUGGCGCCUCCCAUGAUGACAAUGCCGCUCUGUAUCAGAUUGGGUCAACAGAGUACCCGAGCUUGAUGGAUUUUGUUGGAAAGGCAGACACCAGGCAGCUUCAAGAGGAUGUUGGAUUAAGCCCCGACACUGGAAGUUUUAUUGAAAUUCCUCCGAUCAUGGGAGGGAAUGCAAGUGAAGGUGGUGUGGUGACCCAAAGGUUUACGCGCGGGACAACUCGUGCCGGGGUGCAUCUGGGACGGUCGAAUGAAGUCCACGGGAACUCGCGGGUGAUAGCCGAGGUCGCAAUAGUAAGGCGACAUCCCCGUGGCUGGCGAGACGGCGUGGUUGUAGGCUAUCUCCGCGUGGGCAAGAUGGAGAUCCCMCUGCUGGUCRUCACGAACAAUCUUUCGGAGAAUAUCCCCGAGAGUCCKGUUYGUGAUCUCGGUCUGACCAUUAGUCUGAGGAUGGUAAGACGAGGAGAAGCGGAGCUGAGUGCCGUACACCUCGUGGAGCCGUCGCCAGAAUCGGCUGGUAAAGCGCGGGUCACGGUCAGAUAUGAUGCUCAGAGGUAAGCCGUGGUCACGCACGACUCGGUCAAAUACGAUGUCGGCGACCUCACGUGCACUGAUGGCAUAGCGGCACGGAACAAAGCGUGCACGCUUCG